AUGUUUGCUACCCGCGGAAAACCGCGGGUAGAGAUUCCGUACGAAAAUCGCAAGAAUUUGGCUCCUGGUUUGAGAGGCUGGUAUGUACAUAGACUUCUUGUAAAUGCUGUAGCAAUGUGGGCUUCACCUCGUUACGCUUGUUAUAUUUUCAUGAUGUUAGAUGAAAUUCAUAGACAAGAACGUGAAGAGAUGGAAAAGAAACUUCAAGCAAAAGAUGAAGUCAUUGAAGCAAAAGACAAAAGCAUUCAGAAAAGAAUACCACGUUCGGUACCAAAAGGAAAGGAAAAGAACUAUAAGUAUAUGAUUUAUACUGAAGAGAUGGAAAAUGAAGAAGACAGAGAUAUGGUUAUGUUGCAUUUAGUCAGAAGAAACAACAAAAGCUUUUACGACCUUGCUAAGAUUUACAAAUCUGACAGAAAUUGGUUCUAUCGCGAAAACUUACCGAUUUCAAUGACACCGAAUGAAGAUGUGAAACAAAUAGUUCAAGAUACGUUACCUCAAACACACUAUGAUAUGAAAGGUUGUACAAUUCUUACCUUCAAAGAAGACUUACCGCUACUGAAGGAAAAAAUAACAGAGUAUUUUGACAACUUCAAACAAGCAGAGUAA